CCCGGGGCCAGGGCGCCCUGGAGCAGGAGCGGCGCUGGAAGCAGUACCUGGAGGACGAGCGGAUCGCGCUCUUCCUGCAAAACGAAGAGUUCAUGAAGGAGCUCCAGAGGAACCGGGACUUCCUCCUCGCCCUGGAGAGAGAUCGAUUGAAAUACGAGUCAAAAAAAUCCAAGUCGACCAGUGCUGCUGUCAGCAAUGACUUUGGUGUCUCCUCCGUAGUACCAGGUGACGUGGCCCCUUCUGGAACCAGCGAGUCCGACGAUGCCUUAUUCAGAGACAAGCUGAAGCACAUGGGAAAAUCCACGCGCAAGAAGCUGUUUGAACUCGCCAGAGCCUUCUCAGAGAAGACGAGGAUGAGGAAAUCAAAACGAAAACACUUGUUGAAGCACCAG